UCCUGCAUUGUGUGCGACGGCCCAGUGGCAAAGACCCUUGUCCGGCGCCAUGAAUUGCUUCGAAGGCUUCAAAGUAGGCCUCAAAGGCUUUGUGGAUUUCAUCGUCUUUUUGGAGGAGCUAUCGUCGAUGACAGCCGAGGGCUUUGUGCAUGGCGUUACGAAUGACUUCGCAAAGGAAGGUGCGGAACAUGCCCAUGAUCAAAGGCCCGCGAUGGACGUGCAAAAGGAGGAGUUGGAUACCCAGAAGACGCCAGACCGGGAUGACAUGAAGGGAAUUAUGACUGGGGUUGCGGCGGUUGCGGACACGCGGUGUUCGGAUCCUAAUCCUGAUGCGCUCUCCACCGCAUCAAACACUCACCUGGAGUCGCAGAACAGUGGAUCCUUGGACGUAGACAUGGCUGUUGCAUAUGCAACGCUCAACUUGACGGACCUCAUUGGCACGGCUUCCGCAAGAAUAGCCACAUGCCUGGCUUGCAAAGAGCUCUUUGCCUUGAGGAUGGUUUCAAAGGCAACCUUGAAAAACACAAACGAACAGAUUGAGCAACUGGUGAAGCGACUGUGGUUCGACGGACCCUUGAAGCAAGAAAUGGAUGACCCUGGAAGCUCGCGAUCUGAGGGUGUUGAAGUCUCAGCUUCUGAGGACCGCAGCGUCCUAAAUUCAGACAUCUUCCUCAACAUCUAUGACGUGACUAAGUCUGAAGGGGUUCAAUGGGUCAAUGGCUUGUUUGCCAACCAAUAUUCACCAAUCAAGCUUGGAGGCCUCUUCCAUAUUGGCGUUCGAAUUGAUGACAAGGAAUGGUCCUAUGGGCACACUUCAGACGGCACAGGUGUCUUCUGGACCCCGCCGUUCUCUCAUGCAGCCCACCAUUUUCGUGAGAGCAUCCGCAUGCCGGCGACCAGGUUGCCGAAGAGCAGAAUCGAUAGUGUGAUCAGACAACUCCAAGCGGAAUGGACUGGAUCCACUUACGACCUGCUUCAUCGAAAUUGUUGCCACUUCGCAGACUCUUUGUGUCAGCGUCUUGAGAUUGGCCGAGUUCCUGAGUACACGCUCAGAUUCGCCAACAUUGGCAGCAGCGCCGCUGAGGCUUUCCGAUUAGUGGAUGGCUGGACCACUCCAGCGCUGAGCUUGUGCAGCAAAGCACCUGCAAAACCAGCGCCUCCAGAAGUUCUUCCAGCAUUAUUGCUUCCAGCAUUUUGAACUGCUCGUCUCUGUAGAUGUGGUGGCAGCUACGCGUGCUGUGCAUUGAAGUCUUUCUGGAUAGCGGCUGAGUAAAGCUGUGGCAACUUCUAAUGGUUGGCCAAAGAUGCCAAAAAUGAUGUGAAGGUGAAGGAUUCAAACA